UGUGUGUGUGUGUGUGUGUGUGUGUGUGUGUGUGUGUGUGUGUGUGUGUGUGUGUGUGUGUGUGUGUGUGUGUGUGUGUGUAAAGCCCAAAAUCCUAAAAAAAUAAGUCACAUUAGUGUUUACGUUCUAUGAAAUAAUGAUGUGUUGUCUUUACUAUGGAGAAGUGAGGAGGAAAUUAGAAAAGCUUGUUAGAUUUAUGUAAACCUUUUGUAUUUUUAUCUGUAUGUCUCUCUGUCUUUCUCUUUCACUCUCUUUCUCUCAUUCUCUCUCUCUCUCACUCCCUCCUUCUCCCCCUCUUUUGUUGUUACCAAUGAUCACUGGCAAUGCUGCCAUAGCAACCAGGAAACACUCCAGUGUGCAUGUAUGUAUGUGUGUGUGUGUAGAAGAAGACACUAAACGCUUGAGCUGGUGAGAAGCGCGGGACGGCAUAAGAAAAGAUAAGAUAUUCACUCAGACGUUGCAUAUGAUCAGAUAUUUUUGGGAAAUCAGAUUUUGCCCAGGUCAGGCGUGAUGGCCUCCAGCGGAGCAACUGCCCUCUUGCCCCCUGUGAAGAGUGUUGUGGUAUACAAGAACGGAGAUCCCUUCUUCUCAGGGAGAAGGUUCAUCGUCAACCAGCGACAGGUCUCCACUAUGGAGUCUUUCCUGAACGACGUGACUCUUAGCAUCGGAGCUCCUCUAGCCGUGCGAACACUCUACACGCCACGGAACGGCCACCGGGUACCCGAUCUAGAGAACCUCCAGCAGGGGGCGCAGUACGUGGCUGCCGGGUUCGAGAGAUUCAGAAAGAUGGAUUAUCUGAGUCUGGGCAUGAAGAGAAAUCCAGUGGCUCGAACUGGAGACGCCAUGCAAGGUAAAGGACUCAACAGACCCAACGUUUCCGCAAAAUGGAGGAAGGUUAUAACUCUUCCCUGCAUUAUACAUGUGUUCAGGAACGGAGAUGUGCUCAGUCCCACCAUGCGCUUCAUCAUUCCUCGGAGCCUACUGAAAAACCUGGAACAGAUUCUCAGCCUGGUCUCGGAGAAAGCCAUGCUGCGCACCGGUGCCGUUCGCAGGCUGUGCACUCUGGACGGCGUGACGGUGACCUCGGGGGAGGAGCUGGAGAGCGGCCAGUGUUACGUAGCCGUCGGUACCGAGCGCUUCAAGAAGCUUCCCUACGUGGAGCUGUUGCUAAACAAAGCACCGGGAGGCAGUGCAGACAGACAUUACAUUGCAGAUCGUGGGCUGCACAGGAGGUCAGAGAACAGGAAGUUUCCUCAAGACAGCAACAGUGACUCCGCCCUCCUUCACUCUCCUGAAAGGGACAGCAGACGCGUGAAGUCCACAGGAGAUGAGGCCGAGCCAGGGGGAGUGAUUUUGUCCCAGCCGCUGCAGAGGAGUGAAGGAAGAGGGGAACGAGAGGAGAGCUCAAUAUUCUAUGCCAAACCUGUCAGAGUGCGCAAAUACAGACCCCCACACAGAGCAGUGGCCAGAAACACAGGCCAAGCGAGUGUGUUUAAGGGUGUGGGGAGGAGGAGGGAGGAGGUGCGAGGAGCUGAGGAGGUGGCUGAGGAUGAGGGCACAGCUGUGGAGCUUCCUGUAGAUCAGAGAGUUGCUGAGGUUGUUCAUGAUGAGGAAAUUGAUCAGAGCCAAACAGAAUCUACAAAUCACAUGCAUCAGACAAGGGCACCUGAUGAGCGUACGACAUCAUCCCCACACUCCAGUCUGUCUCCUAGCGACAGAGAGCACCUUAUGAAGGAGUACAGGCCAUCUGAAGGAGAGACCUCGUUACCGAGAAGGAGCUUUUCUCCAAACGAGGAGGCAGAAGCACAAGAUGAGGACAUAUUCAGCGAAGACCUGGAAAAAGAACGUGGCCAAAAUGAUGAGAAUGGACAUCAUAAGGAAGCUGACGAAGCAGAGACGCAGGACCAGGACCAUGCCCGCCCACCCUCCUCAAUCUCACAACAGAGAGAGUGACCCAGACAAAACAUAUAUGUCAGACACAACUAUAAAUAAACAACCCCCAUCCCCCCCCCCCACAGUAUGUAAGGUCUAGCUCUAACCUUAAUCAUCUCUUGAGCAUCAUUCUCCUUAUUCCCAGUAUGUUCGUAACGUGAUCUCCAGACUGCUCUCGUACACUGAUGUCAUGUAGACUGUACUGUUCCAUUAAGUUUAUUCACCUGUGAAGGUCUUUAACCCCGUUCAUGUAAUAAUAGACGUUAACGAGAUACUGUUAGCCGAUCCAGUGCACAGUGAAAUCAGCAUCUCUUACAAAAGAAACAAACAAAAAAAAAAUUUCACACCACAGUUUAACUAUCUACAAUCAGUUACGGAAAAGUAUUUGAAUUAAGUGAGUUUCAAAAAAGAGUUCCAAAAAAGAAAGAUUAUUCAUUCUUAUAAUAAUAAUUUUGUUUUGUUUUUUCCUCUGAACCCUGACAAAUGACUGAUACAUUGAAAUGAUUAUAAAAUAUAUGAUCAAUUGAAACUCUAAAAUUAUUGCUACCCUGACUAAAAAAAAAAAGUUUUAUAGUAAUAAAAAAUAUUUCUCUCAGAAAUCUUAACACGAUAAAGAAUAUUGAGUAUAAAAUUUGCUUACAAUUAUUUCUAUUUUAAAGAAGGCUUUCAGGCCUCAAAUGUGUUAAAUUUGAUAAAAAUAAGAAUGAACACCCAAUUUGAUUCCUAAAUUAGCGACACCUUUUAAAAGAAAAUCCCCCUCCCACCCCUCAAAGAAUGUGUGGAUGCUCAUCAUUCACCCCAAUAGCAAACUGUACUGAUUUGAUGCUUGCGUGUAUUAGUGCAUCUUCUGUGUAAGUUCACCAACUAAUCAGUCGUAACGUUCAGUUUACAGAGAACCUGUAUAUGUGAAGCCUAUAAAUUGUUCUGAAUCUGCUUCAUUCAGAGUUUUGAAUAGAACCACUGUGAAAAGGUGAGUAGUGUAAUAAUAAAGCUAGGGGGCUGUGAGAGUGACGGUCGGAUACACAAACAGCUCCUGCAAGGUUUAGGGGUCUUGUGAAAGUUGUGCAGAUUUUUCACAGGACUCCGAAAACAAAAAAAAUGUGAUUCUAUUUUCUUAGAAUUGUAGAUCAAUGUGUCAUUUUUAUGUUCUCUUGUUUCACGUGUACUAAUAUUCAGGUGAUAUAGUAUUAACAAUAAAACCGUCCAAAAAAACCAAACAAACAAACAAAAAAAAACAAAUACAGGUCAGUUUGGUUUCAUCACUCAUUAUGACAUGGAGCAUCAUUCAGUUAUUCAAAUUAAUAAAACACAUCCAGGUAUAUUGCACAUUAAUGCUAUACAGUUUACAGUCAAUUAUUUUAAAAUCUUAUACAUUAUUUAGGAAUUAAUCAGAGCUUUUUAGGAGUACACCAGUUUAUAAUUUGCCAUACUGAAGUGGUUUUUUUCCCUCUAACAGAGAAGUGUAGCUGGUGGGAGAAUGACUGUUUAUCUUUCUUUAAUAGAUUAAUAGUAAGCAUUGGUUGUUUGCUGUGGUUUAAAAGUCAAUAGUAAAAACAGUAACUCCACUUUAUCACACCAACCCUUAUUCAUUCAUUUAUUGUUAUACAGCAGCUUGUCUUAUUCUUUACAUAUUUCAUUAUAACAUAUAUGUAGUUUCAGUAAUAGAAAAAUAGGGACUAUUCUAGUUUCUCAACCAGGGCUUCUUUUUAUACUAUUUGUUAUCUAUUUGGUAGUUUCUGUACUUUUUGUUUCCAGGGGGUUUUACCAGAAAAGCGAACCACAAAACAACGUGAUACCGCGAAAGAAGACUUUGUGUCCUUGUUUCUUUGAGAGUAAAACGAAUCUAGCUACACAUCGAUUUGAAAAUUGUAUUUGGUUCCAAAAGAACAGUGAUUUAAAUCACACAUUUUUGUUCUCUAGCCUGGUUUUAUUUGUUCGCACUGAAGUGUGUGGCUGUAGGUGUGUUCUGGACGAGGUCAGAUUGUAUGUGAUAUAAACCUUCAACUUUCACUUUUACUUUUGGUUGAAGUCUGUUAGGUUCAGAAAUUAUAUCAAUAGUUUUGUUUGUAUUUUAUGAUGAAAGCAGAAGCACAUGGAUCCUUUAAUAAUGGUCCUAUAAUAAAGGUAUGGUCCCAACAAAGGAAAGCAUCAGAUUCCAGAUUUUGUAAAAUAAGUUGAGUCUCUAAUGGAGUGUUUUAUUUUUUCCAAAUGUAGAAGAGACAUUAGGUCCCUUAACCAAGAAAAAUUAGCAGGAGGGCAUGGGGAUUUCCAAUAAAGCAGUAUUCAUCUUCUGUAAUAAAUAAUAUUGGCAUUUAUUAUUAAAUAAAUGGGAGAUACUCCAAAAAUGUAUCUGCCGGGACAGAGAACAUCUAUUACAACGGUCAUCUUCUGCAAAAGAAAGUUUUUUCAACUUUGCUUUGGUGAAAUGAAUUCUAUAAACAACUUUAAACUGUAUAAGACUCAAACGAGCACGAAUACAGACAGAGUCAAUUUGAGCUAAAACAUAAUUCCACAGCUCCCGUCAGGUUCCAGUCCUAACUCGCUCUCCCAGACUCCUUUAAGUGCAAAAAGAGAAGGUGUCUGUGAAGAUCAAAGCAGAUCAUAGAUAGAGGCAAUGCGGUUAUGAGACUUUGAAAGAGAAAAUAUAUCUUCAAUUAAAGUUUUCCUUGGCUGAUGGGGAAAUGUAGCAAAAUAUGCUUCAGCAAAAUUGCGUAGUUGAAAGUAACGGAAUAAAUUACAUUUGGAGAUACUGAAUCUACUCAAUAAAUCAUUGAAUGACACAAAUGAAUCCAGAAAUUAAUCAUGAAACAGUACCAUCCCCCUCCCCCUGAGCUGAGCAAAAGUUGAAUCCAGAACUCUGAAUUUAUACUAAUCGGAUCUGAAAUUAGGUUAUUUGAUGAGUCAUAUACCUGUGAGAUUAAUUGGGAGGCACACUGAUGCCUAAGAUGAGAUGCUAAAAGGCAGCCAGCUCUCUCGCCGUGUUCGUAGUAAGUUGCUUUGGUGGGUUUUAGUAGAAAUUCUGCCUUGUUAAUUGUCAAUAAAUCAAAAUCCGUUUGUAAUUUCAGUCGUUCUGUCUCCAGGACAGGAUUUGGUGACCUAGCAUUUAAUCUGUCUAUAUCCAAAGUUGAAUCAGUGAGAUUUUGCUUCUUUAAUUUCCUAUCUUUAGAAUAAUAUGCAUUAAAAGAUAUAAUAAUCCCACGUAUGAAUGUUUGGAACAUUUCCCAUAGAAGUGAAGGUGAUACUAAAUCUGUUUUGUUGGUUUCUAAAAAAAAAAAUAAAGAAAUAAA